CUCAACUAUGGACUCAUACGUUUUUUGGCUCUCUCUUCACCGCUUUGUGAGAUGGGAAUAUGGGAUGUUCUCAAUGAUACCUCACGGUCAUAUGUCGAUCUCUCCCUUCAACGCCUUCUUUCUCAGAACACAUCUACAGGGUUAUGCUUCUGGGUUGGGGCAGAAGCGAUGAAUGGUAGACAGACAGAUGGCUCCCUUGACAAAUACUGAAUCAGGAAAGACAUUGGAAGAUGACUUCACAUGUAUUAGUCAGCUGACGAUGGUCUCGGUGCUGCCUCUUGCCAUGAAGGCGGCAUUUGAGCUUGGGGUAUUUGAGAUCAUAGCCAAAGCUGGUCCAGAUGCCAAACUCUCUGCUUCAGAGAUAGUAGCGCAAAUGCCUGCACGAAACCCAGAUGCACACUUGCUGCUGGACAGGAUUCUCAUGCUCCUCGCUACCCACAACGUGCUUGGCUGCUCUGUGGUUGAUAUGAAAAGGCUCUACAGUCUGACUUCAAUGGCUAAGUAUUUUGUGCCUAACCAAGAUGGUGUAUCAUUAGGAGCGCCGUUGGCCUUGGCUCUCGAUGAGGUCUUCUUCAAGAGCUGGUCAAAGCUCAAGGAUGCAAUUCUUGAAGGUGGAAUUCCAUUCAACAAGGUUCAUGGAAUGCAUGCUUUUGAGUACCCAAAAAUGGAUCCUAGAUUCAAUCUAGUUUUCAACAAAGGAAUGUUCAAUCACACUAAUAUUGUUAUUAAGGAGAUCCUCAAGUCGUACAAAGGUUUUGAGCAUCUCCGGCAGUUAGUCGAUGUCGGUGGAGGCUUUGGAGUCUCUCUUCAAGCUAUCACCUGUACAUAUCCACACAUCAAGGGUGUCAACUUCGACUUGCCUCAUGUUAUUCAAGAUGCCCCGUUCUACCCAGGUGUGGAACAUGUUGGAGGAGAUAUGUUUGAAAGUGUUCCCAACGGAGAUGCAAUAUUUAUGAAGUGGAUACUUCAUGACUGGAGUGAUGAUCAUUGCUUGACGUUGCUGAAGAACUGUUACAAAGCCUUGCCAAGUGACGGAAAGGUAAUUGUUGUAGAAUCAGUUCUUCCGGUGGAGCCUGACGCAAGUGCAUCCACAAAAUCCACCUGCCAAUCUGAUGUGAUGAUGAUGACUCAGAACCCAGGAGGGAAGGAACGAACACGCCAGGAAUACUUAGCUAUGGCCACUGCUGCAGGAUUUAGUGGCAUUAGAUAUGAAUGCUUUGUCUGUAAUCUUUGGGUUAUGGAGUUCUACAAAUAGAUCGAUGAGUUACUACUUAUCAUUUGUGAUUUCCUUCGUAAUGGUGUGAGCGUCACGGGGACAAAUAAAGAUGGUGUUGUUCAAGGGUCAUCAUCGACAUGCAAUGCUGCGUGAUAUAAUUGCUUCAGAAAGUUAUAUCUUUAUAUGUGUCUUUUAUUUUUUGAUGUUGGAGAAGAUGAUUUGGAUGAUGAUAGAACCAAUGGUUCAAGUGCGAGAUAAAAUUGUCGAUAAA